GCUGGCUCCUGGCUGCUGGUCAAUGCUAUUUCUCAGCCAGCAUCUGUGUUCUGUGUUCUGUAUUCUGUUUCAUUUUAAUUAUUUUGCUCCUAGUUCGUCAUGAAGUCCAUUAUCUUCUCUGUGUUGGCAAUCAUCAAUAAAAUGAGUUUUUUAAUUUGUUCUUCAUGAAAUUGUGAUUUUGUUUUUAAUCUUAUCGUAAAUGAAUAAAUCCUAAUUGCCUGUGAUAGUGUUCCUUUAAAAUGACUGAUGAGAUCUCAAACCGUUCACAGACAAGGCAGUUGCGUGAUCGGAAAGACAGAAAAUUGUACUCGGACGAUUGGGCUUUGGGAGACGAAGAUAUAGAAGGCCGCAACACUUUCAACCUUCAAGAAAAACUGGAAACUGACAGAUUUACACAAUGCUUCGUCAAAGAAAUGCAAGGCUCGGACUUCAAUGUUGCAUAUCUGCAGCGGCAUGGUUUCAAUACCCCCCUACUAUUCAGGGAAAGAACAGGUCUUGGCAUCCAGGUUCCUAGCCCAAAUUUCACAGUCAACGAUGUUCGAACAUGUGUUGGCUCCAGAAGACUGUUAGACGUUAUGGACGUGAAUACCCACAAGAAUAUCGAAAUGUCCAUGAAAGAGUGGCAGAAGUACUACGAAGAUCCAGACAAAGACAGGCUACUAAACGUCAUUUCCUUGGAAUUCAGUCAUACCAAAUUGGAAAACUAUGUGCAGUCUCCAUCUUUAGUUCGAGAAAUAGACUGGGUAGACUGCGUAUGGCCACGACAUUUGAAAGAAGCUCAAACAGAGUCGACCAAUGUGAUUGACGAAAUGAUGUACCCAAAAGUCCAGAAAUACUGCUUGAUGUCAGUGAAGGGAUGCUACACUGACUUCCAUGUUGAUUUCGGUGGAACGUCAGUGUGGUAUCACAUACUCAAGGGCAGCAAGGUAUUCUGGCUGAUUCCACCUACCGAGCACAACAUACGGUUGUUCGAACAGUGGGUACUGUCAGGAAAGCAGAGUGAUAUAUUCUUUGGCGAUACAGUUGAAAGAUGCGGCAGAGUCACUCUAACUGCCGGGAACACGUUCUUUAUACCAACCGGUUGGAUACACGCUGUUUACACUCCAUGCGAUUCACUGGUGUUUGGCGGCAAUUUUCUCCACUCCUAUGGCAUCGACAAACAACUCAGAAUUGCGCUUGUUGAGGAUAGCACGCAUGUACCUACGAAAUACCGGUAUCCAUUUUUCACAGAAAUGUUGUGGUAUGUACUAGAGCGCUAUGUCAACUGUCUCCUGGGAACAUCACAUCUCUAUAAGGUCACCAACUCAAUCGAAAUACCACAAGAGCACAUCCAUCUCACACCUUGGGAGUUGCAUGGUCUGAAGGCUAUAGUUACUUACCUCCACGGUUUACCGACCAAUAAGAAGAAUGUUCCUGAACUAAUUAGAGAUCCUGUAGCUCUCAUCAAGGAUGUAAGAACUGUGGUUGAACAGCAUAGAUAUGAUAAUCCCGACUUUGCAGUUACAGGAAGACCAGUGCUCAAAGUCAAGUACAUCGACAGGCGAAUGCCUGUCCUAACCACGGGAUGGAGUGGGAUAGAGAACAAAGCCAAGCAUUUGUUGGUGGGACACAAAAAAGGCAGCGGUCCAAGGCGGCGAAGAACGCGCUGCAAGAAAUGCGAGGCCUGUCAACAGAAGGACUGUGGCGAGUGUGCGUUCUGUCAGGACAUGGUCAAAUUCGGCGGACCAGGAAGGGCUAAACAGACCUGUAUUAUGCGCCAAUGCCUACAGCCUAUGCUGCCUGUAACUGCGGCCUGUGUAGUAUGUGGACUCGAUGGCUGGGGCCAACCUCUCAUCAUUCCCAUUCAGAAAAAUAAGGAUGUUCCCAGUUCAUUGAUGGAAUGCAGUGUCUGCUACGAAAUCAUCCAUCCUGAGUGUUUAGUUAAACAGUAUCCUGAAUUGGAGGGCAUAGUGAACGAAGAUCUACCCAACAGUUGGGAGUGUCCGAAGUGUUGUAGGGAUGGCAAGAAUGUAGAAUACAAGCCGAGACAUUUUAGAGCUAGGCAAAAAUCGUCCGAUAUUCGCCGGAUGUCUGUUAGUAGUGAUGCAAGCUCAGACAAGAGAGAUCGAUUGGAGGUGGAUUACGAAUCGUACUCAGAAAGCGACUCAUAUGAACACGGUGAUCAAGAUUCGUCACUAACCACAUCUGAAGGCACCACCAAGCGAAUGAAAGCCAGCAAUGAUCCAGAUGACCAAAACUCAACCAGUCGGUGGUCGAACGACAGUUUCACAGAGUCAGACACAAACGGAACGAGCGGAUCACGUUCGCACUCAUCCCACCAUAUGGGAGGCAACUCGAGCAAAACUCUGCGCCGACCUCUGUAUGGCGUGAGGCCGGCAGCAGGCAAGAGUCCCGCCGCCCUAGAGCGCACAGCGCUGCUUCCCGUGUUCCGGCUGUUGUCACCCGGGGAUCUGGCACGUUGCGCCCGCGUGUGUCGUCUCUGGUCGCAGCUCAGUGCGGAGCCGUCGCUCUGGCAACGCAUGAACUUGUCGGAGAAGCGGCUGACCGCUGCGUGUCUGGCAGGAAUCGUCAGGAGACAGCCCGACAGUUUAGUGCUGGACUGGACGAACAUUGCGAAAAGGCAGCUCGCGUGGCUGGUGGCCAGACUGCCGCAGCUCAAGGAGUUGUCGCUGAAAGGAUGCUCGUGGUCUGGAGUGGCUGCUCUGCGCACCUGUUCGUGUCCUCCACUCGUGUCGCUCGAUUUGAGCUUCGUGACUGGCAUGAAUGAUGCGUCGUUGCGGGAUGUACUUAGUCCACCACCCGACUCGCGGCCCGGCCUAGUCGACACCAAGUCGCGGCUACGUUGCCUGCGUACUCUGCGACUAGCUGGCUGCGAUCUGUCGGACGUGUCACUACGCUACAUCGUGCAAAACCUUCCGCAACUGACACAUCUGGACGUAUCAUGCUGCGCUCGCUUGACGGACGCGGGAGUGGCUCAACUCGCUACCGCACCCGCUUCAACCAUCACCACCCUCACACACCUGGACGUCUCCUCGUGUCGCCUACUAACCGAAUCGUCUCUCGACCACCUUGCUCGUUGCAACGCUUUGCGCCGCAUCAUCUUCAACCGCUGCACUCAAAUCCUAGUACCGGCGCUCGAGAAGUUCGUCGCUUCAAAACAAGGUUUUGUGAUUGUGAACGAAAAAACUGUCGAAAAAAUUUCUUGAACAAUCGAGCGCAUCUGUCGACGUCUGCUUCGUUAUUUGACUUUGACAGAAACCCUCUUCCCAUCACAUUAGCAUAGUUACUUGAUAAGCUGUCAAUUUUACUUAAUUUAUCACUUUCAAUACUCUUGCCAUCUUUUAUGUCGAUAUUUUUAGAAUGUUUUAAAAUAAUUUUCUCGCAUACUUUUGAAGAAUGUAAACCUCAGGCCUGGUUGCUCAAAAGCCGGUUAAACUCCAAUCGUGAUUAAUUACACGAGAACCAAAUAAGACAAGGCUUUUUCGAAAAGAAGGCUUUUUUAAAAAAAGGAUUCUCUGAUUGACUCUCGUGAGAAUAAUCACGAUUAUUACAUAUAUUUCGCAUUACCCUUCCAUUACAUUUUACCUCCAAGUUGUAUAAUUUUCCUCAAUGUAUUGGUUUUAUAAAGGUUUAUUAUAAAAUGACUUUACAACUUUGAAAGCACAUUUUAAUAAAACCCUCCUUAAUUCAAAGAUACUUAUCAAUUUAUUAAUUCAAGUCAUCUAAAUUCAAAAUUUAUAGUUUUCAUGUUUAUUUUGACUAAAAUUUUAUAAAAAUUGUACACGUGAAAUUUUAACCUUAUCUUGGACUUUGUCACCUAUAAAUUUGGAAGAAAAUAGCACAAGGACUGCCUUAUUAUUGUAUCUUCAAAUGUUAAUGUAUUAGUGUAAUUUGCAUUGUAAUUAAAUACAUAUAUUUUAAAAGCUGCACUUGGAAGACCAAGACGACAUCCCAGCCAUAGCCUUUGCAGAGUUCCCAGUUUUAACAAUGAGACAACUUUACGUGAAAAAUUUAAUUCUAGCCUUUCAUAAGUAUAAAAAUCUCUUUGAAACUAACAUUCCGUCGUAGAAUUUCCGUUCAUUAUCUCAUUACCGCAUUCCUAGAACAAAUUUAACAGUACCCCGCAGACAGUC